AUGGCUUCAUAUCUCAUCACCGGAGCUGGUCGAGGCCUCGGCCUCGAGUUAGCCACUCAACUGAGCAAGCAGUCGCAAGACCAAGUUUCGAUCGUCUUUGCCGCUACGAGAUCCAAAGAUCCAUCAGAUGGUCUGAAGAAGCUCAUUGACGCCUCUAGCGGGCGGGUUGCUCAUAUCCUGCUUCCUGUGACCGACACGGCUGGCAUCGCGGCUGCAGUCCCAAAACUUGAGAGCUACCUAGGAAGCAAUGGCCUGGAUGUGCUGAUCAAUAAUGCUGGAGUCCUGCCAUCUACGCCUGGUGGUACUUCUGCUAUGACGGAUCUGCGAGAAACUUUUGAGAUCAACGUCCAGGCCGUUCACAAUACGAUAGUCGCUCUUCUGCCACUAAUCCAGAAGUCAAAGCUGAAGAAGGUCGUUAAUAUAUCCACCACACUGGGCUCGUUGACGAAGGCUGGAAUCUACGUAUGGGCGCCUGCACCAGCAUACAAGAUCACCAAGGCCGCGUUGAACAUGUUGACGCUACAGUAUGCUCAAGACUUUGCCAAGGAAGGCGUGACGUUCCUCGCCAUAUCACCUGGGUGGCUGAAAACAGACAUGGGCAGCCAGGCUGCCGAUCUUGAAGUAGAUGUUGGAGCAAAGGAGGUCAUUAGGAUAAUCCAGGAGAACGGUAUUGAGUCUAGUGGAAAAUUCCUCAACAUCCAUGUUCCAGGAUGGGAGGAUAAAACUCCAAACAAUUACGACGGCAAGGACGUGCCUUGGUAA